UCAUACUGUCAAAUUACAAAUUCAAUCGAAAUAUGAAUGUCAACCACUAUUGUGCUGUUCAGUUUAAUUUUGCUUGUCUAAAGUUUUUAUAAAAAUGCCUCUAGAUUGAAAAAGGUGAAAAUUUACUCUCUGAGUGUCCAGACUCCUGAUCAUUUACACAUUUCGAUUUUACUUUAACACCUAUUGGUGAAGACAUUCCAAAAUGUCUGAGCUGGACAACUGGAUUGAGAUAGCCAAGCAAUGUAAAUAUUUACCUGAAACGGAUCUAAAGAAACUAUGUGAUAUUGUCUGUAAUAUAUUACACGAAGAAUCAAAUGUUCAGCCUGUACAAAUGCCUGUUACUAUAUGUGGGGAUAUUCAUGGGCAGUUUUAUGAUCUGGAAGAAUUGUUUCGUUGUGGAGGCCAAGUUCCUGAUACAAAUUAUGUGUUCUUAGGAGAUUUUGUUGAUCGCGGCUAUUAUAGCUUAGAAACAUUCACGCGUUUGUUAACUUUGAAGGCUAAAUAUCCAAGUAGAAUAACAUUAUUAAGAGGAAAUCAUGAAAGCAGGCAGAUAACUCAAGUAUAUGGAUUUUAUGAUGAGUGCCUUACAAAAUAUGGUAAUACUAAUGCUUGGAAAUAUUGCUGUAUGGUAUUUGAUAUGUUGACUGUUUCUGCUUUAGUCGAUGAGAAAAUAUUUUGUGUUCAUGGAGGCUUGAGCCCAGAUAUAAAAACUAUAGACCAGAUCAGAGUAUUAGACAGAAAUUGUGAAAUUCCACAUAAAGGUGCAUUCUGUGAUUUAGUUUGGUCCGAUCCUGAAGACAUAGAAACUUGGGCUACUAGUCCAAGAGGAGCAGGAUAUUUAUUUGGUCCAAUAGUAACUCAUCAAUUCAUGGAAAUCAAUGAUUUGAGUCUUAUAUGUCGAGCACAUCAGUUAGUAAAUGAAGGUUUUAAAUAUAUGUUCGAUCAAAAAUUGGUAACCGUUUGGUCAGCCCCAAAUUAUUGUUAUCGAUGUGGUAACAUAGCAAGUAUUUUACAAUUCCAAUCUACAGACUCGAUGGAAGCCAAGUUAUUUUAUGCUGUCCCAGAUGGAGAAAGAGUGAUACCAAGCAGAAACGUUACUCCAUACUUUUUAUAAUUCAUUUUAUUGCAAUAAAUAGUCUAUGUCAA